AUGAUCCCCUUUCUGGAGCGGGAGCAUUUCGGUCAAUCCCAGAUCUCACGACCCACCCGGACAGCACGCGUACAAGUGACAAUCCGCGGUAAAUCAGGGGCAAUUGAAAUGAUCGAGUUCUUGGUCGAUGUCCAGUCUGCGUCGGUCAUCAGAACAGAGCACCUAGCAGGCAAGCAUCCUUACAUCGACUCGGCUUACAUGCAAGCGGCAGAGAAAGCAUGCAGAGCCGACCCGAGAGUCCAGGCGGAAAUUGACAAGUUGAAGCUUCCUCUGAAUGCCAAAGUAGUGAUUGAGCCAUGGGCUUAUGCUACUGAUGGUAUGGACGAUAUGACCGAGCGGACGACAAUGUGUUACUUUUACAUGCGUCUUAUCGAUCAUCUGGAUGCCAACUUUUACGCCUAUCCACUUGAGCUCUGUGCAGAGGUAUCCGAGCAGCUGGAAGUGACCAAAAUCUACCAUCUGCCUUCUUCUGAAAGCGACAAAACUCGCGAAGAUGCACGAGCAUACGAGCACAGCAAGAUCCAUCCAACAGAGAUGAGCGAGUAUCAUCCCGAUCUUCGUCCUGCACCACGCACAACUACCAAGCCCUACCAAGUCAUCCAGCCCGAAGGUCCGUCGUUCAAGACAGAUGGCAAUCUCUUGAGCUGGGAGAAAUGGACUAUGCGAGUCGGCUUCAACUAUCGCGAGGGACUGACCCUCCACGACAUCCGCUACGACAACAGAAGUCUUUUCUACCGUCUCUCAUUAUCAGAGAUGUUCGUGCCCUAUGCCGACCCACGCUCCCCGUAUCCGAGGAAAGGAGCCUUUGACCUCGGCAACGAUGGUGCAGGAAUCAACGCCAACAACCUCCAACUAGGCUGCGACUGUCUCGGCAGCAUCAAGUAUUUUGACGGCUGGCACAAUACGUCCUCCGGCGAACCAGCUAAUUUACCCAAUGUUGUCUGCUGCCACGAACAAGACGACGGCAUUCUCUGGAAACACACAAAUCACCGCACCCAGAACGCUGUCGUAACUCGCUCGCGCAUCCUCGUCCUACAGACCAUCAUCACAGUAAGCAACUAUGAUUAUGUUUUCGCAUUUCAGUUCAGUCAAGACGCCUCCAUCCACUACGAAGUUCGCGCCACGGGCAUCCUCUCGACAUGCCCAAUCAAUCUGGAUGACAAAGUUCGCUACGGCACUGUUGUCGCACCGGGCGUCCUCGCUCCAUACCACCAACACCUCUUCUCACUACGCAUCGACCCAGCAAUCGAAGGUACAGCCAAUUCCCUUCAAGUCGAAGAGUCACACGCGCUACCAGUCGACGAUCAAAACCCCUUCGGAGUAGGCUAUACCACAGAGUCGAAAAUCAUAGAUCAAGAAGGAGGUCUAGACCUCGACUUUGCCACCAAUCGCUCGUUCAAGAUCAUCAACGAAGACAAAAUCAACCCCAUCACAGGAACGCCUGUAGGAUUCAAAUUGAUUCCUUGUUAUAGCCAGAUGCUUCUCGCUCAUCCAAGCUCUUACCACGCUAAGCGAUCUGAGUUCGGGGCCCACGCUAUCUGGAUCACGCGUUACGAAGACGAUGAGCUCUUCCCGGCAGGAAGACAUACGAUGCAAUCGUCUGGUGGAGAGGGCAUUAGCUCUAUGAUUGAGCAGCGCAAGAAAGAAGGGAAUUCGAAUGUGAGAAUGGAGGACAUUGUGAUCUGGCAUACGUUUGGAUCGACCCAUAACCCGCGCAUUGAGGAUUGGCCGGUCAUGCCAUCAGAUAAGAUGAUUGUGGGGUUGAAGCCGAUUAACUUCUUUUCCGGGAAUCCGGGCUUGGAUGUGGCUGUUUCGACGCAGGAGAAGAAUCAGAGUGUGCUUGUGGAGGACGAGCCUGGGGCUGGGACUGGGGUUGGGACGAAAGCUUGUUGUCGGCUAUAA